GUUAUGGAAGGUGGGGUGGGGGAUGAAUAAAUUAUUUACACUCACUCUCCCGCCGAGGCUAUUUGGCUUUGUCCCACCACCUCUAUCGAUCGAGCAAACACUUUUGACGACUGAGAGAAAACGGAGUCGCACAAUUUUCCGAUUAUAUCCCAAAUUAAUUUUGUUUUGUUGAGAUCUUUGCUUUGCUGAUUCUGGAUUUCUUCAGUGAGGGAAGCUAUGAGGGAAGAAGAAGAAAUUGAGAAGAUCCGAGGCGUGGUUCGAGACUGCGUAAGUAAGCAUUUGUACUCGUCGGCCAUCUUCUUCGCCGACAAAGUAGCGGCACUCACCAAUGACCCAGCUGACAUUUAUAUGCAAGCUCAAGCUCUUUUUCUCGGCCGACAUUACCGACGCGCCUUUCACCUUCUCAACGCCUCUAAGAUUGUCCUCCGAGAUCUUCGAUUCCUUUACCUCGCCGCCAAGUGCCUCGAGGAAUUGAAGGAAUGGGAUCAGUGUCUCUUGAUGCUUGGUGAUGCUAAGGUUGAUGAAGAUGGAAUUGUCUAUGAUGCCAAAGAUGGUCACGUCAUAGAUUUUGAUAAAGAUGCAGAGGACCGAGAGAUUAAUAUUUCAUCGGCAAUAUGCUUCUUAAGAGGGAAAGCAUAUGGAGCGUUACAAAACCGUUCUCAGGCUCGACAAUGGUACAAAGCUGCUAUAAAGGCUGAUCCUCUGUGCUAUGAGGCUUUGGAAUGCCUCAUUGAAAGUCAUAUGCUUACAUCUGAAGAAGAAUCGAGUCUGCUUUCUUCACUGCAAUUUAGUCCAGAAGACGGAUGGCUCUCGUCUUUCUAUUCAUGCUUGAUAAAGAAGUAUGACAAACAGAGCACGAUAGAUGCUAAGUUCAAGAAGCUUGAGAACGAAAGUGGUAGUGUCUCUGGAUCAUCGAUGAUCACAUUGGCUAAUAACACUGAUCUGUUGGCCUGUAAAGCUGAGUACUACCAUCAAUGCUGUGAAUAUCAGAAGUGUUUCGAACUAACCUCUGCACUCCUUGAGAAAGAUCCUUUUCAUUUGAAGUGCACCUUGGUACAUUUGGCCGCUGCCAUGGAACUUGGUAAUUCAAAUGAGCUUUAUCUAAUGGCGUGCAAUUUGGUAAAAGACUACCCUUUAAAAGCGUUGUCAUGGUUUGCGGUGGGUUGUUACUACUAUUGUAUCAAAAAAUAUGCUGAAGCUCGGCGGUACUUUAGUAAAGCUACGAGUAUAGAUGGCUCAUUCUCACCAGCUUGGAUAGGUUAUGGUAAUUCCUUUGCUGCCCAAGAGGAGGGUGACCAAGCCAUGUCUGCCUAUCGCACUGCCGCUAGGCUAUUUCCAGGGUGUCAUUUGCCAACUCUGUACAUUGGAAUGGAGUAUAUGCGAACUCACAGCUACAAGCUUGCGGACCAGUUUUUCAUGCAAGCAAAGGCGAUAUGCCCUUCGGAUCCACUUGUUUACAAUGAACUCGGAGUUGUUGCAUAUCAUAUGAAAGAGUAUGGCGAAGCUGUGCGGUGGUUUGAGUUGACAUUGUCCCAUAUACCAUCUGCAUUAACUGAAACCUGGGAACCAACUGUGGUCAAUCUCGCUCAUGCAUAUAGAAAGCAAAGAAAGGACCGUGAAGCUAUCUCAUAUUAUGAGAAAGCACUUACACUAUCGACAAAAAGCUUAAGCACUUAUUCCGGCUUGGCUUACACUUACCAUUUGAAGGGGGAAUUCUCAGCUGCCAUCUCAUAUUAUCACAAGGCCUUGUGGUUGAAACCUGAUGAUCAAUUUUGUACCGAAAUGUUGAACGUAGCUCUCAUGGAUGAAUGUCAGACUGGGGUUGAUGCAAAGGUUGAGCUCUGCUAGAAAUUGUGUUGUCUCCAGUGUCUGUGGUUUUGGUCUCUGAUAUAGGAGGUCCCUUGAGUAGUCCCCCGAACAGUUCUCCUGGAUCAUAGUAAAUCUCAA